AGCUCCGAGCGGGCUGCGAAGAAAAAGAAAGUGCAAGAAAACGUCCUCUAAAACGGGUCAAAACGGCCCCAAAUCAACCCAAAAUUACGUCUGCAGAUGAACUAGAACACGUACUACAAGAUGCCGUUGUUAGUUUUUCUUGUGGACACGAGUUCGUCCAUGAACCAGCGGACUCACCUUGGCACUACGCUACUCGACAUCGCAAAAGGCGCCGUUGAAACCUUCAUGAAGCUUCGCUCCCGGGACCAGGCAAGUCGGACAGACCGCUUCAUGCUUGUCAGCUGCGACGAGCCGCCGGGAACUAUCAAGGCUGGCUGGAAAGACAACCAUCUAGCCUUCAUGAAUGAACUGAAGAAUCUCCAGGCUACCAGUCUAACUGGCUUGGGGCAGUCGCUCAAGAUGACCUUUGACCUUGUGAAUAUCAAUCGGCUUUAUUCAGGAAUUGAUAACUAUGGACAAGGUCGGAAUCCGUUCUACUUGGAGCCAGCCAUGAUAAUUGCAAUCACAGAUGGACACAGACUAACAAACAACAACGGAGUACAAGAUGAGCUAUUAUUACCGAUGAGCAUGGCCAUACAAGGCGGUGAACUGACCAAAGAGCCAUUCCGGUGGGACCAGCGGCUCUUCUCACUGGUACUCCGCAUCCCCGGUGUUGCGCCGGUGGACAAUGACCGCAGCAAUACCAUGGUCAGUGUAGACGGGUCACCAAUUAACGCCAUGUGUGAAGUUACUGGAGGCCGUUCCUAUGCUGUCACAUCCAUGAAGACCCUCAACCAGUGCCUUGAAUCACUCGUCCAGAAAGUUCAGAAUGGAGUUGUGGUCAACUUUGAGAAGGUUGGGUCAGAUCCGGCGCCACUUCCAAACGAUGUCAAGCCACUGCCGGGUUCAAGGUCACCAAUGCCACAUGAAGGGGAGGGGCCUGUAAAUGGUUUCAUCCCUAGCAACGGCCUGACCGACAAUAAACAAUCUGAAACAGAAUCAAAAGAAGCCAAAAUGCCAACACAAAGUGGGUCAAGCUUGUCGAAUCUCAACGUGCCAAAUGCCAACGGCAACGCACGCUCAAACACAGCCUCCCCGGUUCCACCAGACAAGUCAUGGCACAAUUGUCGGAAGCUCAUCUACGUCCGUCCCAACCCCAAGACAGGAUUACCCAUGGGCCAGUGGCCUAUCCCAGAAUCCUUCUGGCCGGAUGUCAACGCACCCACCCUGCAACCACGAGAUGCUCAACCUGCAGUGAAGUUCAUGUGCACAAACUGUGAGCCAAUGUUACUGGAUAAUCUUCCUUUUGACAAGUACGAGCUUGAACCUUCACCUCUGACCCAAUACAUCCUGGAGAGACGCAACCCUAAUGUUUGCUGGCAGGUUUUUGUUGCAAACAGCGGCAAAAACAACGAGCUUGGUCACCCGUUUGGUUAUCUUAAGGCUAGCUCGAACCUGGUCUCGGUCAACCUGUUCAUCAUGCCCUAUAACUACCCAGUACUCCUUCCGCUGCUUGACGAUCUCUUCAAAGUCCACAGGUUAAAACCGUCCCCUAUGUGGAGGCAAGCCUUCGAGAAUUACCUGAGAGAUGUGCCGAGCUACUACGCUGGGCCUUUGAAGAUAGCUCUGCGUCGGAUGGGUGCACCCAACGUCAUACCAGACGGCAUGGAGAACUGUCUCAGCUACACGGUGGUUACUUAUCUCAAGAGGCUUAAGCAGCAGUCAAAGGUCGAGGCAGACAGGAUGGCGGCUAUGAUAGCCAAGAAGCAGAUACAGAGCGAAGUGGGCAUCAAAGUCAUGCCAAGAUCACAGAUGCCAUCUCUUGCCGCACGUAAAGACUUCCAGCAGCUUCUCCAAGCCAUCACGGGCGAGACGGUCACCGUCAGACCCGAUAGUAACAUCACCGAGUUCCCAAACUUCACGCUCCACGUCAGCGAUCGUAACAUCCGACCGCAGACGUACCGUAACUCCUUCGACAUUCCCCGCAAAGAGCUUCUAGAUCAGCUGGUUCGGAUGAGGACCAACUUUCUUCAGCUUGCGCUUUCAAAAUCGGCAAGGUUCAUGAACGAAGAUAAAGUACACAGCAUUCCAAUGGCAGAGAUGGGUAACUACCAGGAAUACCUGAAGAGGAUGCCGAGUCCUCUCAGAGAGGCAGACCCCGCCCCAGCGAGGCUUCACACCUUCGGCAAUCCCUUCAAGUUGGCAUCUGACAAGGAUAAGCAACGAGUCAUGGUAGACGAAGCAGACGUCAACGAAGCCAUGACAGGUCCACAGCAGAGACGACGACUCAGCGACUCGCCUCCUGGCUCCCCAUCACCCAAGCGGGUACGAAGCCCAGCCACCACGCCGCCUAGUCGACGCCCAACCUCACCCGGCGUUCAAGGCGGUAUCAUUCUGAAGAAGCCUCUUGCACAGCUACUGCAAUCAAUAAAGAAAGCAACGUAUGAUGCUCUUAAUGCAGGUUCUGUGGAAGACUCAUCGAAGCAAGAUACCAAACAAUCAACCGAAACUAACCAAACACCUGUGUCCUCAGAGGAGAAAACCACCACAGCCUCGUCGGACAGUGUCCAAGGAACUCAGAACAAAUCUGUGGACCCGGAGCUUGACCAGCUGAACAUGGUCGACCAAGGACUGUCUGUAGUAGACCAAGAUUUAGCCAUGACAACAGAACUUAUUACCGAUGCAUUUAUGAGCGAGUUAGAAAUGGCGCCGGGAAGGACCCCGGAGGACAAUGGGCGGCGUUCUCCGACAAACGAAAGGAACCCUGGGAAAAGGACAAUGAAAGAAGAGAAUGUGGCCGAGGCAAACGCAAAGUUAAAACGAGAGAUUGUAAAAGAAGUACGGAAGCCUGGAAGGGAUUUCUCUCGGUUAUUCAUGCACCUCCACACCCUCCAGGGUGACCUGGACACCAAGAUGGUCUUCGUCAACGGCAUCAUCCGGGAGGCGGGUCGCUUCAAGAGGAGGCGGCUCAUCGAGAUGCUGGAAGCGUUCCAACAAGCCCUCGCUAAGUACGAGAUGAAUCACAAUAACGGAGGAGGCGGAGCGGCGAUGGGCAAUGCCAAGAAGAAGAAUAAAAAAAUCAAAAGAAAUCACAUCGUGGCAUCGGGAACACCGAGGUAGCACAUGCUGUAACUUUUUUUUGUUAUUACUUGUGUUGCUUAGGUGCUGUUCAGAAAAGUCAAUGAUCUAAAAAGUCAAGGUUUUUUUUUUCUUCUCAAAAUUGUGGAUGGGUAGAGUCAAGGGAAUUAACCGAACAUCGCAGUUUGGUUUUUAUUUUUAAAAAACUAGUAGGGGAGAUGGCUUUAGGUUUCGAUCCAAACCGGACCUUCGUCAGAGGCAUCAACAAGUACAAACAUAAACAUAUCGGUUUAUUAACAGAAGAAGAAGAAAAAAAUUUCCAGUUUGGCAAGAUCUUUAAUUUCAUUCCUGACUUAAGUACAAAGUUGUUUGUUUAAGCCAGGAAAGCAAUUGGAAACUACUGAUGUUUGAGAUCUUUGAAUUAAAAUAUCUGGGGUUGAUUUCACAAAGAUUUAGGACUAGUCCUAUCUAAGGACUAGUCCCAGGAGAUAUUACAAACGUAUUGCUAGUCCUAACUCCUAAGUUUGGACGAGGAACUCGCCCUAAGUCGAGAUAAGACUAGACUUGAUGACAA